AGUGGCUGCUUCAGCUGUGUGUUACAAAUACAGCACAUGGUAGAGUUCGGUAGCGACGGACACCAUCGGGCCCCACACUCUGAACUUGUUGGAAUUCUUAGUUUACAAGUUAAAGUUGCACAACGUUUACUUUCAUUUCUGCCAGUUGUAAAACAAUUACAACUUUUAAGACAGUGUUCAAGGCUGUGCGCGAGCGUUAUAUAGCGAGUUUGAGGACUUUUGCAAACAGUUGUCCCACUCCGCCUGCAGCAGCCACGCAGACGCUAUCAUGUCGACCGGCAACAAUGAAGUUAAAAGCUGCCCCAUCCCCACAAGGGUGCUCACCCUGAAGGACUGGUCCCAGCUACCCGACUGUUACAGCCAGACUCCCGGGGGCACCCUUUUCUCCACCACGCCUGGAGGAACACGCAUCAUCUACGACAGGAAGUUUUUGUUGGACUGUCGAAACUCUCCUAUUGCCCGGACCCCCCCAUGCUGUCUGCCCCAGAUUCCAGGGGUAACAGUACCUGCUUCACACCCCAUUGGGAAACUGCAGGAUCUCAAAGAGGAGGAGGAAGAGGAAGAGAAAGAUCUUGCAGAUGACAACCAGUUUGAGAUGGAUAUCUGAGCUCCAUUAUUACCUCCUGUGGAGAGUUAUUAGUUAAAAACACCUCCAAGGUCAUUAUUGACUGUGAUGCAUUACAUAAAACUUUUUUUCACCUUUAAAAAAAAAAAAAAAAAAAAAAAAAAGAA